UUUUUCUUUAAUCAAAUAAAACCGAAUUGAUCCGUUGAGGCACUUACGUUUUGCCGACGGGAUUUCUGUUAAUCUUUUUGGACUCAGGUUAUAGUCUAUUAUUUAAUUUCAUGCUCGAAACAUUUUUAACAAAAAUAUUUACAAAAGUCGUGAAAACGGACGCCGCGAGCCGUUUAGACGUAAAACUUCAAACGCAAUUUCUCGAAAAUCCGUAACUCCAAAAAUUAAUCCGUUUGAUGUUCCGAAAUCCUUGAAUUAAGCUCUAUCUAACGGUACUCUCGAAAAAUUUUCUCAAUGCAUGGAUCCCGAGGCACCUGGUUUUCAGUGUUUUUGGCAAUUAAAGAGAGAAUAACUCAUGUGGGGCCCACAUAUGAUUUAAGAUCCCAAAAAUCUGAUAUUUCCCUCGCUUGUAUCAUCCCACGUGACUAUAUCUUCUCUUCCUCUCCUUCUUGGUGUGCAAGUUUCACCAAGAGAGUACAUGAUGAGUUGGAAGUAUGGCUUAUUUGUGUUGUGUAUGGGCAUUCUUUGGCUGUAAAAGGAAGCUUAGACCACCUCCAAAAAUCACACCUCAACCUCCAGCUUUCUUCUCCAUCUCUAAGAUCUACAUAUCUCUCUCUAAAACACUCUCUAUCUCUAUCUCACGGUAUACCACUGGAUCAGCCUUAUUCCAUCUUCAAAACCCCACCAUUACCUGCUAUAAACUCGAAGAAAAACUUCUCCAACCUUCCUCCACCUCCCCCAGCCUUUGAAUUGACCGGAAAAAGAAAGGAAAACCGGCAGCAGGAUGCUGCCGGCUACCUGUUAUCACCACCGAGCACCUCCACUGCCAUUGCAGUGAACCACCAAUCACCACAUGUGUUGUGCUGCUAUUCUUCAUCUGAAACUAAAUUAAUCUUGGAGUUCCGUGUUCACGACAAUACAUCUCGAUUUUCUCACAUCCAUUCUCGACAACCAAUCUUCAAUGGCAGUUUAAGGGCCGAAUGAGUUGCUGCAUUUCAGAAUCUGGUUAGUCGUGGAUUGCGGACGACCUAGCUAGCUUGUUCCUGUUAUUUGCUUAUCUGUUAAAGGCAACUACUGUACCAUUAUUAUCUGUAAGAACCCUGUAUUCAAACUUACUGAUGGAAUACAAAUGCUAUUUUAUU